CUGCCGUUCGCCUCAAAUUUGUUAACAAUGCGGAGGGCCCCAUAUAGCUCCACAUUGACAUGAUUGAAUCAUCAUUCUAAUUUAUUUUCUGGUGAUGACCUAAUUGCUUUUCAUUUACAAAGGAAAGAAUACCUACCUGAAUGGAAACAGAUUAUACUAACGAUUACGUAAUAUGGUUCAUAUUAAAACCACACUACCCAGAUUUCCCUUCUACUGCAUCUGCGCAAAACACAAGACGGCCCUAAACGUUGGACAGGAGAUGCAAUGCACUCCAGCAGCAUCAGUACCAGACCAGUAGUCAGUGUGCUCCAAAUACAUCGAAAAGAGUAGACGCGAAAGAACAGUAUUUAUAAUUCCUGAUACACCGGAACUGGUUCAUUGGAACAGCAAGAUGGGAGAUCAGAAGGAAUCACUGCGUAAGAUCACCACUACCCUGGCCCUGAAGAAUGAUGAGAUCACAAACUUCAUCUGCUGUCUGAAACAGAGCCUGGAGAACCUGGAGGGGAACUCCAGCCGUGUCCAGGAGGACCUGGAGACAGAGUUCAGCUCCCUCCACUCAGUACUGGAUGAGCUGAAAGACAGUAUGGUCACCAGGAUCAAACAGGAGAGGGCCAGCCACACCUAUGAGCUACAGAGUCAGCUGAGUGCGUGCUCCAAAGCCCUGGAGAGCUCUGAGGAGCUUUUGGAGGUAGCCAAUCAGACUCUCUGCUCCUCGGAAGCAGACGACUUCACUCAGGCGGCCAAAGACAUUAAGGAUAGUGUGACAAUGGCCCCUGCCUUCCGUUUGUCACUGAAAGCCAAAGCCAGUGACAGCAUGAGUCACAUGAUGGUGGACUUCACCCAAGAGCGGGAGAUGCUGCAGGCAAUCAAGUUCCUCCCAGUACCUGCCACCCCAGAGAUUCUGGUGUCAGAGUGCCAGGUCUGUGACAACACGGUGACAGUACAGUGGGCUCUGCCGGAGCCUGACACCAAGAUAGAUCACUAUGACCUGGAGCAUCGCCGCACCAACUACGAGGGGCCGCCCCGCGCCCGGGAGGACUACCCCUGGAUGGUGGUGGAGGGCAUUCGAGAGACAGAGUACACCCUUACAGGGCUUCGCUUUGACACACGUUACAUGACGUUCCGUGUGAAGGCGUGUAACAAGGCUGUGGCAGGCGAGUUCUCUGAGCUUGUAACACUGGAGACACAUGCGUUCCUGUUCAAGCUGGAUGCAGGCUCGUCCCAUCAGAACCUGAAAGUGGAAGACCUCAGUGUGGAGUGGGACAGCUGUGGGGGGAAGAUCAUCCAGGACAUUCGCAAGGACAAGAACAGAACCAACCAAUCUCCCAUGCACUCCCCAGCCAGGACGGCCAUGAAUUCACCGAAGAGAGUGCCGUCUGCUCGGGUCGGCAGAGACCGAUUCACGGCUGAGUCCUACACUGUACUGGGAGACACCUUUAUCGACGCAGGCCAGCAGUACUGGGAGGUGCGGUUCGAUAAGGAGAGCAAGGCGUUCGCUGUGGGCUUGGCCCUGCGGAACCUGGGCCGCUUUGACCAGCUGGGGAAGAGCAACGCCUCUUGGUGCAUCCACCUGAACAACUGGCUGCACCAGAGCCUCACAGCCAAGCACAACAACAAGGCCCGCACCCUGGACUGUCCCAUCCCGGACCGCAUAGGGGUCUACUGCAACUACGAGGAGGGAGCACUGUCCUUCUACAACGCCAGAACCAAGACGCUGAUGCACACCUUUAGAACCAAGUUCACUCAGCCUGUCAUACCAGCCUUCUCGGUGUGGAAUGGGAGUUUCUCGGUGCAGACGGGUCUGCAGGUGCCCAGUGUGGUGCAGAGUGGCCAGAGGAAGAACAGUGGUACCAGCAGCUCCAACGCCAGCCUCACCUAGACCCAUCCAGGCCACAGCAGAACUUUACCCCACUGAGGCUGUGUGGUGCUAGGAGCUCAAACUGGCCCAGUGCUGCCCACUGCUCAUCCCAACACCACCAUACACACCAUGCCUGCCUGCUUGCCUGGGGUGAUGGUUCUUCUCUGCCUCAUCCAAGUCAGCUCAUUACACUCCCUGUGCCUUCCAGAGAGGUGCCCUCAUCAGUAUACUCACUUAGGCAGAACGGAAUCAGUCAUUUAAUUCAAAUCCAUAAUUAAAGGCAAAAUGACAAAAACCUAGUUACCAGUAUAUUAGGAGCUAGGCACAUAUUAGGCACACAUACUAGGCACAUAUUUAAAUGCAACAGUCAAAGACCCCAAUGCAACGAGAAACAAAUAGUCCAUAUAACUUGGUUGUAGUACAGUAGUCAUUAAUACUGAAUGUUCAGAAUCCUCUGCCUAUAAUUUAGCUAGUUGCUCCUCAGUACAGAAACACCUAAUUUAUCUGUAUAACCCAAAUAACUUUGUAGCAAAAUGACAUGCUUAUAAUCAAGAUAUAAACACUAGGAAUGUAUUGAAUUCUACAUCGCCAGCAGCUGUCUGGGGACCAGUGGAAACAGAGUUGGAAAUACAGUACACCUGAUUGUUUUGUAGAAGUGUUUGUAUGGGGGAGCAUGGGUCUGAAUAUGCGUGUGUUGGUUUGAAAUGUACUGUUAUGUGUGUGUCCCUAACUUGUCACCGUUUAAUCACCUGCAGUGAGAAGCUAAGCCAUUUUAUGAGCUGGGUGGGGACUCCCUGGAUAAAGAGAUGUUGCUGAAAGUGUUUAGUUCAAUGUUAACACCAUUCCUUAUUCAUGUCACCUGAUGUUUAAACUCAGUGCUGGUGUGCUAUUAUUUUAAAUAGUCUUACGUUCUUGUCAUGUUGAUGGUAUGCAUCAUAUGAAUAUAACCUGCAAUGCUUUUUUUCUUUAUUUCAUGGGUGAACAAAUUUCACAUUGUAAAUAUGUCCCUUUCAUUUUUCCACUACAGUAUGCAUCUGUCUCACUGAGUUUAAUAAAGCAGUAAGACAGC